AUGGAUGAUGAGCUGGAGUGUAACAUGUCUCUCAGCCAGGCCAUAUUGAUGGAGAACCUUAAUAUCACCGGUAACACGGCAAGUGCGGACACUAGAGCUGCUGCAGCCUUUCCAGCCUCUUUAAAAGACGUGGUGGAUAGAGGGAGCUAUCCACCGGAGGUUGUCUUUAAUGUGGAUGAGACCGGGCUCUUCUGGAAGCGGAUGCCAAGCCGCAUGUUCAUCUCCAGGGAGCAGAAGAGAGCACCUUUUUCUUUUGGGUGGAAAUGCCAGUGGUGACUUCCGUAUAAAGCCAUUGCUGGUGUACCACUCCCAGACACCGAGGGCAAUUAGGGCAUUAGCAAGUCCAGCUUGACAGUCAUUUGGAAGGCAAACAGGAAGGCAUGGAUCACCAGGGAUAUUUUUACAGAGUGGUUCACUGACCAUUUCUGCUCUUUCGUGCAGCGUUAUUGUCGGCGCAAGGGACUGGAGGAGAAAGCGCUGCUCAUCAUGGACAAUGCACAGAGCCACCUAACUUGACUGAGCUGCCCACCUGCAUUCCUGUGGAGAUCCUGUUCCUACCGCCCAACACAAUGUCGCUUAUCCAGCCUAUGAACCAGGGGAUGAUUGCCACCUUCAAGGCCUACUAUCUCUGCCACACAUUCCAUCAGCUGAUUGAACACACGGACAGCGAGGACAAGCAGUCAAUGUUGGACUUCUGGAAGCAGUACCACAUCAUGAAGGCUGUCUCCAACAUUGAUCUUUCCUGGAAGGAGGUGACACAGCAUUGCCUCAAGGCUGUGUGGAAAAAGAUCUGUCCAGAGUUGUGUGAGGAUGUGCAACUACCAGAGUCCAUCAUAGCAGAGAUAAUUGACCUUGUGACCACGGCUGGACUAGGAGACACAGAUGCUCAGGACAUCGAGCAGUUAGUCCAGGCUUCAGGUGAGAGCCUCAACAAUGAGGAACUUGAAGAACUGGCUGAACAAAGCACACAGAAACCUCAGGACACCAGCGACUCGGACACUGAGCCUCCAAAAGAGCUUUCCUCUGAGCUCCUAAACAGGGCAUUGCAUCAGGUCAAUGACAUAAUGGAUGAGCUGGUGGCCAAUAAUCCUCAUGCAACUAGGAGCAGGAAUGCAAGGCGCAUUGUGCUGGGAGGGUGUUUUGCUACCGCCAUCUGCUGGAUAGCCGCAAGAAGCAUAGACAAAUGA